AUGCAGAAAACCUUUGCUCUCAGAAGAGAGGAAAUAAUAAACACAAACACUCCUAUUUCGGAGCUGAAAAACCGAUGGCCUGCCCUCUUCUGCGAGCCUCAUCUGUACAAGGAAUUUCACCUCAUAACAAACAAGAAUUUGCAAUUUACCUUCUUUGCUGCUUUGGAUGAAUGUGCAACAAAACUUCUCAGCUUGUACAGACAAAGAAGGUCCGGGCCAUUCGGGGAGAAGCUUUCAAGUCUUCUCUUGGACUACAGUGAGCAGGACAAGAAUGACGUACAAAAAACAAGAACUGCAGUCUUGUUUGGACUACCCCUGUAUUUAAAAGAAGACCCAAGCCAGAUAUUUCGAACUUGUAAGGAGGAGGAACUUGAUGGCAGCAAAGAUGGGACGGUUGCCUUGGUUGCUGUCACUGGAGAUGCUGCGACUCCUUGGUCCGCCCAGCAGGUGGCCAUCGUGUUGGAGGACCAGAUCGUCUCAACUCACCGUUGCUGGGUGGAUGCACUGGUUAUCCUCUUCGGCCUAAUAUAUGCACUACACCUGGAGUACCCACAGAAAGGUGGGGGGGGGGGUGGGGGGGGGGGGGGGGGAGGGUGGGGGGAGGUUGAGGUGGUGGGGGGGGGGGGGGGCGAGAUUGGGGGUGGGGGGGGGGGGGGGUGGGGGUGGGGGUGGGGUGUGAGGGGCUGCGGGGGGGAGGGGGCCUUGACAAUGGGGGGUGGGGGUAGGGGGGGCGCGGUAAUGGAGUGCAAGCGGGGUGGCGCGUGGCGGUGGUGGGAGGGUCGGGGGGGGGGGGGGGGGGGGGGGGUGCGGGUGGGGAGUGGAGGGUGUGGGGGGGGUGGAUGGUGUCGUGGUAGUUGGGGGGAGUGUGGGUGGGUCUUGUGUGGGGUUGGGGGGUUGGGGGUGGGGUGGGGGGUGGGGGGGGGUGGCGGGGGAGGGCGGGGGCGGGGGCGGGGGGGGGCGGGGGGGGGGGGGUGUGGGGCGCGGGGGUGGUGGGGGUGGUGGUUGGGGGGGGUGUGGGGGGGGCUUGGUGUGUUGGGGGUCGGGGGUUGUGGGGGGAGGCGUCGGGGUGCGGCAGGGGGGGGGGGGGGUGGAGGGGGGAAGCGGGGGGGAGGUGGGGUGGGCAGUAGGGGGGGAGGGAGCGGGGGGGAGGGGGGGGGGGUGCGGUUGGGGGGGGGGGAGCGGGGGGGGCCGGGGCGUGGGGGGGUUGGGUGGGGAGGGGGGGGGGGGGUUGCGGGUUCGGGGGGGGGCGGGGGGGAUGGGGGGUGGAUGGGGUGGAGGUGGAUGGGGGGGGGGUUGGGGGGGUGUUGGGGGUGGGGGGUGGAGGGGUUGGAGGCGGGGGGGGGGGGGGGGGGUGGGUGGGGGGAGAUGGGAGGGGGGAGGGGAGAGGAGGGGGGGGACGGGGGGGGGGGGGGGGAGGGGGGGGGGGGGGGGGGAAUUGUGGGGUUGGGGGGGGCGGGGGCGUGCGGGGGGGUGGGGGAAGCUGGGGGGGGGGCGGGGGUGGGCUUGGGGAAGGGGGGGGGGGUGGGGGGGGUAGGGGUGCCGGAGACGGGGUGGGGGGGGGGGGGGGGGGGGCGGGGGGCGGGGGGGGGGGGGGGGGGGGGGGGGGGGGGGGGGGGGGGUGGGGGGCACCGGGGAAGGGGUAGGGAGGGGUGUGUGGGGUGGUGGAGUGGGGCGGUGGGGGGUGGGAAGGGGUGGGGCGGGGGUGUGGGGGGGGCGGGGGGUGUGGGAAUGGUGGGAGGGGGGGGGGAGGCGGGUAACGGGGGAACAGGGUGUGGGUGGGGGGGUGGGAGAGGGAGGGGGUCGGGUUCGUGGGGGUGGGUGGGGGGAGGGGGGUUCGGGCAGGGCGGGUGUGGGUGGGGUAGGGGGGGGGGGAGGUGGGGUGUUGGAGGGUGGGGGGGGCGGGGGGGGGGCGGGUGGGGGGGGGGGGGUGUGCGGGCGUGUGGGGGUGGGCGAGGGGGGGGGGAGUGUUGGGGGGCGGGGGGGGCGUGGUGGGGGGGGGGCAGGCUGGGGGGGUGGGGGGGGAGGUGGGGUGGGUGGGUGGGGGCGGGGGGGGCGGAUUUGGUGAGGGUGGGGGGGGGGGGGGGGGGACUGGGGGAGGGGGGUGGGCGGGUGGGGGGGGGUGCGGGGCCGGGGGGGGGGGGCGGGGGGGGGAGUGGGGGGGGUAGUAGGGGGGGGGGCGGAUGGGGGGGAUGGGGGCGGGGGGGGGGGGGGGAGGGGCGGGGUGGGGGGGAGGGGGGGGUCGGGGUGCGGGGGGGGGUGUGGGGGGGCUGGAGGGGGGGGGGGGAUGUGUGGGCGGGGUGGGGUGAGGAGUGCGAGGGGGGCGGGGGGGGGGGGGGGUGGGGGAGGGGGGGGGGGGAGGAGGGUGGGGGGGAGUGGCGGGAGGGGGGGGUUGGGGGGGGGGGGAGGGUGGGUGAAGGUGGCGGGGGGGGGGAGGGGGGGUUGGGGGUGAGGGUGGGGGGAAGGGGGGCGGGGGUCGGGGGUGGGGGUGUGUUUAGGAGGGCUUUGGGGGGGGGGGGUCGGGGCGGGGGGAGGAGGGGGGGGGGUAGGGGGGGAGGGGGGGGGGGGGAGGGGGUGGGUGGGGGGGUGGGGUUGGGCGGGGGGGGGGAGGGGGUGGAGGGGGGGGCGGGGGGGGUGGGCGGCGUUGUGGGCUGGGGGGGGGGGGGGGGGGGGGAGGGGGUGGCUGGGGGGGGGCGGGUGGGGGAGGAGGCGCGGGGGGGUGAGUGGGGGGAGCGGCUGAGGAGGUGGGGGGGGGUGGUGGGCGGGGGUUGGGGGGGGGGGGGGGGGUGGGGGGGGGGGUGGGGGGCGGGGGGGGGGGGAGGGGAUGGUGGGGAGGGGGGGAGGGUGCGGGGGGGGGGGGGGAGGGAUUGGAGGUGGGGUGGGGGGGGGGAGCUAGGUGGGGGCCGGGUUGUGGGGAGGGGGGGCGGGCGGGAUGCUGUGGGGAUGGAGGAUGGGGGGGGAGGGUGGGUUGUGUGGUGGAGGGAUGGGGGGGGUUGGCGGGGAGGGGGGGGGGGGCGAGGGGGGGACGUGGUGGGGGCUGGGGUGGGGGACGGGGGUGGUGGGGGGAGUGGGUGGGGGGAGGGGGGGGGGGGGGGGAGGGGGCCUGUUGAGGCGGUGGGGUGUUUGGGGGGAAGCAGUGGAGGGGGGGGGUGGGGGGGUGGGGGGGGGGGCCGGGGGGGGGGUCGGGGGGGGUGGGGGGGGGGGGGUGGGUGUGAGUGGGGCGGGUGGGGGGACGGUGGUGCGGGGAGAGGGGGGGGGGGGAGGUGGGGUGGGGUUGGUGGGCGGGGGUUGGGGCGGGGGGGGGAGGGGGCGACGAGCGCGGAGGGGGGGGAGGUGGGGGGGGGGGGGGGGGGGGGGGUUGUGAGUGGGGGGGGUGAGUGGGGGGGGGAGGGAUGGGGGGGUUGGGGGGGGUUGGGGGGCUGGGGUUGGGGACGGGGGGGGAGGUGGGGGGGGGGUGAACGGGGGGGAGGUUGGACGGGGGGUGGGGGUGGGGGGGGUUCGGGCGAGGGGGGGGGGGAAGGGGGGGAGUGGCCUGGGGGGGGGGUGGGGGUGGGGGGGUGGGGGGGGGGGGUGGUCUACGGGGGGGGGGGGGUAGGGGGGGCGGUGGAGGGGGGGUGGGGUGGGGGGGGGAGGGGGGGGGGGGGGGGAGAGGCGGUGGGGGGGGGGGGGGGGUGGGGGGGGGGGUUGGGGGGUGAGGGGGGUGUGGGGAGGGUGGGGGGGGGGGGGGGUGGGGUGGGGGGGGUGGGGGGAGGGGGGGGGGAGGGGAGAGGGUGGAUGGGGGGGGGGCGGGCGGGGGGGGGGGGGGGGGAUGGGGUAGUGGGGGGGUUGGAGGCGGGUGGGGAGGGAGUACGGGGGGGGUGGGGGGAGGGGGGAAGGUUGGGGGAGGGGGGGGGGAGGGGGGGGGAGGAGGGUGGGCGGGGGGGGGGACGGGUGGUGGGGAGGGGGGGGCGGUCGGGAGGUUGGGCCGGGAAGGAGGCGGGGGGGGCACAGGGGUGGGGUGGGGGGCUGCGGGGGUGGGCGUGGGAGGUUCGGGGGGGGGUGUGGGUGGUGGGGGGGGGGGGUGGGGGCGGUGGGGGUUGGGGUCUGUGGGUGGGGUGGGGUGGUUGGGUUGGGGUGGGGGGGAGGAGGCGGAGGGGGGGGGGGGGAGGGGGGGGGGGGGGGCGGUGGGGGGGGGGAGUGGCGGGCGGGGGGGUGGGGCGGGGGGGGGGUUCGGCGGGGGAGGGUAUGGGUGGUGAGGUGGGGGGCGGGGGAGAUGAUGGGGGCCGGGCGGGGUGGGGGGGUGGGGAUGGGGGGGCUGGGGGGGAUGGGGGUGCGGGGUGGGGGGGGGGGGGGGGGGGGGGGGGGGGGGGGUGGGGGGGAGGGGGGGAGUGGGGUGGGUCGGGGCGGGGUGGUGGGGGGGUGGUGAGGGGGGGGUGGGUGGAUGUGGGGGGGGGGGGGGUGUGGGUGGGUGGGGAGGGGGGGCGGGGGGGGGGUGGGGGGGGGGGGCGGAGGGGGUGUUGGGGGGGGUGGUGGGAGGCCGGGCUGUGGAGCAAGUAG